CAGGUCCGGUUGGUCCACACCAACGACCUCCACGCACAUUUUUCCCCAUUCGAUGCCAAGACUGGCGAUGCAUGUGACGCUACUGUGAAUGGGUGUAUUGGCGGAUCGGCGGUGGUAAAGUCGAUAAUCGACCACCUGCGACUGGCCAACAAUGUGGGCAAGGAGAACUCCAUAUUGCUCAACGCGGGCGACGAGCUUCAAGGCUCGAUUUACUACUCACUGUUCAAGGGCAAUCUGUCAGCCGCGCUGCUUAACAGCUUCGGCUACGAUGCGCUGACACUGGGCAACCACGAGUUCGACGAGGGGCCUGGGCACCUAGCCAAAUAUCUGGCCAAGGUGCAUGUGCCGACCAUCUGCGCCAAUAUCAAAUUUGUUGACCCAGACCCAGCACUGCAGGCCAAUCUCCAGCCCUUCACCAUCAUCGACCGCCACCGAAUUGGCAUCAUUGGUGUCCUGACACCUGACACGGCUGUGUCGUCGAGUGUAGGCAAUGGCAUCGAGCUAACCGAUCCUGUGGAGGCUGUUAACCAGGCUCGCGCACAGCUCGAGAAGCAAGGCAUUCGGCGCAUCAUUGUGCUGUCACAUCUCGGCUAUGAUGGCGACCGUGAACUGGCGCAACGUAUCGACGCGGGCGUCAGCCUGGUGAUCGGCGGCCACUCGCACACAUACCUGUCAAACGACGAAUCCAAGGACAGAGAAGGGCCCUACCCGACCUGGGUAACCAACAGCGGCGAUUCGAUGUGGCAGACAGCGGUUGUGCAGGCGAAGAAAUGGGGCGAGUACGUUGGGUACCUUGACCUGGUGUUCAAUUCUGACGGGUCACUCGAUAGCGAGUUCACCAAGGGCAGCCCGGUUGCAGUAGACAUCUCGCCCUCGUCGCCACUCCACAACCGUAUCAAACCCAACCAGCGCACCAUCGACAUCAUUCGGCCGUUUGAAGAGGAGAUGCGUGCGUAUACGGACAAGCCGAUUGGCCAAGCCAAGGGCCAUUUUGAUGGACCAAAGCGCGCUACGGACCGCGCUGAGCUCGCACUGGGCGAUCUAGUUACCGAUGCUCUAGUGUGGUCUGAUGGAGCCAAGCACGCCAAUAUCGCAGUUAUCAGCACAGGUGCUAUCCGGGACCGCAUCCCCGAGGGCAAAAUCACGCGCGGCCAUAUCCUGCGAGCCUUGCCAUUCGACGACACGCUGGUGCUGGCCACCUUGUCAGGCAAGGAAAUCCGCGCCAUGGUU